UCUCUUUUUUUUUCAUUCGCAGCUCAACAUGCAGAAAAAAGACGACUUUCCACAUGAUUUCCUGCCUGGCUUCCAACAUUUCGCCACGCAGGCCAUCCAUGUGGGCCAGGAACCAGAGCAAUGGCGCUCUCAGGCUGUAGUGCCCCCUAUCUCACUGUCCACCACGUUCAAGCAGGGAGCACCCGGUCAGCACUCGGGUUUUGACUAUAGCCGUUCUGGAAAUCCCACCAGGAAUUGCUUGGAAAAGGCAGUAGCAGCACUGGAUGGGGCUAAGUACAGUUUGGCAUUUGCUUCAGGUUUAGCAGCUACUAUGACUAUCACCCAUCUUUUAAAAGCAGGAGACCAAAUUAUUUGCAUGGAUGAUGUAUAUGGAGGUACCAACAGAUACUUCAGCCAGGUGGCAUCUGAAUUUGGAUUAAAAAUUUCUUUCGUUGACUGUUCCAAAACCAAAUUGCUAGAGGCAGCAAUUACACCAGAAACCAAGCUUGUUUGGCUUGAAACUCCUACAAACCCUAUCUUGAAGAUGAUUGACAUUGAAGCUUGUGCACAUAUUGUCCAUAAACAUGGAGACAUUAUCUUGGUCGUGGAUAAUACUUUUAUGUCAGCAUAUUUCCAACGGCCUUUGUCUCUGGGAGCUGAUAUUUGCAUGUAUUCAGCAACAAAAUACAUGAAUGGCCACAGUGAUGUUGUAAUGGGCUUAGUGUCUGUUAAUUCUGAGAAUCUGCAUAACAGGCUCCGUUUCUUGCAAAACUCUCUUGGAGCGGUUCCAUCACCUCUUGACUGUUACCUUUGCAAUCGAGGUCUAAAGACUCUUCAAGUCCGAAUGGAUAAGCAUUUUGAAAAUGGAAUGGCAGUUGCUCAGUUUCUGGAAUCUAAUCCCAGGGUAGAAAAGGUUCUUUAUCCUGGACUACCCUCUCACCCACAGCAUGAGUUGGCGAAGCGUCAGUGCACAGGGUGCCCAGGGAUGAUCUCCUUCUAUAUUAAGGGCUCUCUUCAGCAUGCCGAGACUUUCCUCAAGAGUUUAAAGAUAUUUACUCUGGCUGAGAGCUUGGGAGGAUUCGAAAGUCUCGCUGAGCUUCCGGCAAUUAUGACCCACGCAUCUGUUCCGAAGAAUGCCAGAGAUGUUCUAGGAAUUAGUGACACAUUGAUUCGACUCUCUGUGGGCUUAGAAGAUAAAAAAGACCUAUUGGAGGAUCUAGAUCAAGCUUUGAAGGCAGCACACUCUCCAAGCCAUCACUAACAUUCCAAGACUGCUGUUAGAAGGUGCUUCUUGAGAAGAUCACAUCUUCUGAAUAAUCAAAUGGACAUUAAUGAGCCCUCACAGAAUUACAAAGUGAAAAUUUUAAAUCACCUCAUUACCUUUCAAAACUGUACCUUUCCAGGGACCACCCCUGUUAAAAAGAGUUUCUUAUUUCUCUUAUUAUAAUGGACAAGUCAGUUCUGUUAAUAUCUUUUCCUUUAUUUGCUAUACAUUUGCCUUUGAAGGAUGAGAUUUGUGCUGCUUUGGGGAAUGAUGGGUUUUUUUUCAUAGCUUAAGAUUCGUUUUGAUCAUGUUUACAAUAUAAUGGUAAUUCGUUUUUGAUAUUUUCUGAAGAAGUUAAAUUAUUAAUGAGUAUUCUUCAAUCAAGUGUGAAUUUUGCAUGUUGUUGGAAACAGCAAUGGUUUACACUUUAUUACAAUAAGCCAGAAUUUCCAAAUGCUUGAAAGGUCUACUGUGAACUUCUGAUGAUUUAAGUUUGUACUUAAUAUUUUUUGAAAAAAUAAAUC